CUGAAUGACAGAAUAAAUAAUAAUGCUAUUUAAGCAAACUCUUUGAGCUUCCCUCUCUCUGCGCGCACCGUGUCCACUGCGAUGAACGCCUUGCGCUCGGACAGCAUGGGAAUCCCCACUCAAGUCCCGAACGGCACAGCGGUGAGUGCGGAGACGCUCGCUCCGUGGAAUUACAGCGCUGUGAGCGCCUACAAACUGAUGGAGCUGCCGGCUCGAGCCACUACGGUGGCGAUGAUGCAGGAUGUUCGACGCCCUUUCCCCACUGUGGAUGUUCCAGACCAUGCCCACUACACUAUUGGCUCUGUCAUUCUAGCAGUAGGCAUCACAGGCAUGGUGGGCAACUUCUUGGUCUUGUAUGCUUUCUGCAAGAGUAGGAGUCUGAGGACACCUGCGAACAUGUUCAUCAUUAACCUGGCUCUCACCGACUUUCUGAUGUGUGUCACUCAGACACCAAUCUUCUUCACCACUAGUAUGCACAAGCGAUGGAUCUUUGGGGAGAAAGGCUGUGAGUUAUAUGCUUUCUGUGGGGCUCUGUUUGGUAUCUGCUCAAUGAUCACACUCAUGAUUAUUGCAGUAGAUCGAUAUUUUGUGAUCACUCGUCCUCUGGCCUCUAUUGGUGUCAUGUCACGCAAACGUGCACUAGUCAUCCUUGCUGCUGCUUGGGUGUACUCUAUGGGCUGGAGCCUGCCUCCAUUCUUUGGAUGGAGUGCAUAUGUUCCUGAAGGUCUGUUGACUUCCUGUUCAUGGGACUACAUGACCUUUAGUCCUUCUGUACGGGCCUACACAAUGCUGCUUUUCACCUUUGUAUUCUUCAUUCCACUCUUCGUCAUUAUGUACUGUUACUUCUUCAUCUUUAGAGCCAUCCGUGACACCAACAGAGCUGUAGGAAAAAUCAAUGGAGAAGGAGGGCCCAAAGACUCUAUAAGGAAGCUUCACCGAAUGAAAAAUGAUUGGAAGAUGGCAAAGAUAGCACUCAUAGUUAUCCUGCUGUAUGUCAUCUCCUGGUCUCCUUACUCCUGUGUGGCUCUUACCGCUUUUGCUGGCUAUGCUGACAUACUCACACCCUACAUGAACUCUGUGCCCGCUGUGAUUGCCAAGGCGUCCGCCAUCCACAACCCUAUCAUCUAUGCCAUCACUCACCCAAAAUACAGGUCUGCCAUUGCAAAGUACAUACCAUGUCUGGGUGUGAUACUGUGUGUGCCUCAAAGAGACCGAUUCAGCAGCAGUAGCUUUAUGUCCACGCGACGUUCCACUGUGACCAGCCAGUCCUCUGAAACCAGCAGCAAUCUGCACCGGACUGGGAAGACACGCUUGUCCUCAGUGUCUGACAGUGAAUCGGGCUGGACGGAUACCGAGGCAGACCUGUCCAGUGCAAGUACACGUCCUGCGAGCCGUCAGGUCUCAUGUGACAUCCGUAAAGACAGAGAUGUGUCAGACGUCAAGCACACAAGCUCUCUGAGGCUGAAGGUUAAAAGCAGAGACGCUGGUAUCUUAGACAGAAACUCAGCACAGAGCUUGGCAGAGUCGGGCCUAAACAGGACAUGUGCCUACAUCAGCAUGGUGACCGACAAAGAUGAGACCUCCAUGGCCGAAGUCAGCUUAUCCAGUUGUCUGACAUCCUCUCCGAAUAUGUUCUCAGAGAAAGCUGAGCUGAAAAGACCUUUGGCUCCAGUCCCUUCCAUCGUUGUGACGUCAGAGUCCAGUCCUGCCCUCCUCUCAGUAGGGUGUAUUGGCUGCUCCUCCAGACAGCUGCCAGGUGGUUCGGUGGAGGUAGCCACAGUCACUAUGGAAGCUCCUGGCAUUGACUGAAUACAAGCUGCACUACCCUGCACUACCACUGACUUUUGCUCUACUUCAGGAUACCUUCUCAACAGGCUCUUGGUCAUCUGACUUAACCCUUCCUCCUUUUUGUCAACAUGCUUUUACACAGGGCUCAAAAUAUGAACCUGCAUGCAGUAACAACUCUGACAUCCGCAAUUUAUCUGUGCAGUGUUUUUCUUAUGCUUUUGGCUGUAUUGAGGUGGAAACAAAGCCACAGCUGGAUACAGGGUGAAUAGGGUCUAUAUUCCCUUCUCGUAAAACCAUCUUCACCCAGCCUAAGCUGGUUAGGCUGGUCUGUUUGCUGGUUUUAGAGGGGGUUUAGGCACUUGCCAACUGGUCAGGAUGGGAGACAAGCUGGCCAGCCAGCUAAAUCAGCUGAGCACCAGUUUGGUCAGGAGACCAGUUAGACCAGCUGAAGACCAGCUUGGCCAGGCCGGGAGACCAGCUACCCACAGCGAAGACCAGUAUACCAGCUUAGACUAGUUUUUGCUGUUUUUCAACAGCAGAGCAGAGUUUUUACAAGAAAGCAGGGUCAGUAGGGUUUGAGCUGCUUUUAGUGAAGCAGAGAUGAUCUCUUCUUAAGGAAGGGAUGACCCUUGGACUCCUAGAAGAAUUUUUUUGAGCCAGGCAAAGCUGACGGCCUAUGAUGGUCCUGCAGAGGAAAUGAACAAUGAACAUUUCAGUUGUGGAACUGGCUCUGCUCUGAAUAUGAAUGGUGAUACAACACAGGCUUCCUCUUUAGUGAUCUGCUUCAUCCAGGGUAUGUAGUAGGUUGUGCUGUAGGCCAUAUGAAUGAACUGUUCCUUACGUCUGCACAAGUUCAAAAGCAACACAUCGUCCAUGACCUGAAGUUUUGAAGGUCCAGUUAAUCUUAAUAUCUCCUUUUGUGCUUCACGGAAGAAGGAAAGUUAUAUGGGUUUGGAACAACAUGAGUAAGGGUGAGUAAAUGAUGACCGAAUUUUCACUUUAGGGUGAACUAAUCCUUUAUGACUUUUACUAAGUAGACCUUUUUUCUGUUUCUUUAAAGGUGAAAUGUGUAAUUUCUUUGUCACUUUGGACAAACUGAUAAUCCUGCCCCACACUCACACCAUUGGUUGAGCCAGUGUUGCAAUGCCAGGCUGGAUGGGAUGCUCAAACAAACAGAGCAAUGUUAUGAAAGUGCCACAGUGUUUACACUUUUGGUGGAAUCAACCUAUGAAUGGCUUACUGUAAAGUUGUCUACAAGUAUAUACAGUAUAUUACUGGACUAGAAUACAACAUGAUCACACAGGAGGUCAGCAUGUUGUUUCCAAUACUUCCAGUACCCUAGGAUCAGCAACAUUAUGCCGACUCCCUGACAAGGGCCAUGUUUACCUUCCCGUGUGGUGCGGCCAGAAGUGUGUUGCAUCAGCAUUGUGGGAGACCAUGGUUUCGGAUCCCAAGUUGAAUACACAAAGAAAUUGCGUUCACUUAAUCAGUGACGAGCACGAUUCAGAGGUUGCAUUUUUCCCUCUAAUAUUACAUUUUUACUCCACUGAUGGUUAGGUUUAGGUUUGGGAUUUCAGUUGAGAUGUAGAGUUUAUAAAGCAUGCAUUCCUCUUCACUGUUCAGCCUGUACAGCUGAAGACAAAUUUUGGCACCACUCCAUGGACAUUACACCUGGGAAAUGGAGUUCACACAUGCCCAUAUGCCCAACAAUACUUACCGCUUUGGCCACUGCGGGCAGUGUUUCAAAUUUUUAAAAGCACAGACCUAUUUUAGCUAAAGAAAAGUUAACCUACUGUUUCUGAUUUCACUAUGAGAUAAGAAAUUACACACAUCACCAUUAAAGUACACUGGCAACAUCCUCAUAACAGACCAAGCAUGUUGAGAACCAAUGACAAUUCCUUGCUGCUAAAUGAACAAAAUGUUUUGUUUCUCAUUUUGUAAGUUAUAUUUGUUUUUACAGCACUGGAUGAUCAAUGCAUAUAUUUGUAUAUAUGACACUGAAUGUUAAUAUGGAAGUGUGCUCAACAUAGGCUCUUUACUGUGUCAUUGCCCUUGCUUUUGUGUUGUGCCAUGUUUCUCUAUCCACAUGUGAAUAUUCCCAAAGUUGUAAGUAUCUGUAGGCUAUUGUAAAAAAAAAAAACAAAAAAAAAUAUAUAUAUAUAUAUAUAUAUAUAUAUAUAUAUAUAUAUAUUUAAAUGUUGUAUAUUCUUUAUGCAGGCUACAAUAACAUCAGAAACCCUAUAAAUGUGAAAAUUGUCCACCUCAAUUCAAAUGACUGGUCUCAGAGCCCAUGGCUCUAAUGAACUGUAAUUUCAGAUGCUUGUGGAGAUGCUUUAGUGGGAUUAAUAUGGCAGCAUCUGUGAGUCCGUAGGGAUUAUAGGAGAACGCUUUUAACAAGAUUAGUUUUGGGGAAGUGCUCAGCCGUUUGAUGGGAUCUAUGUUCACUAGAACGUUCCAUUGCUUUUAACAACUAGUGCAUCCUCAAAAUUACAUGCAUGGCCUCAGAUAAUGGUCUCCAAAGCAACUCAAGCACACUGUCAGCCUCUCCUAAGAGGUAAGUUUACCUUACUUCUCUGAGGUAAAUAUAUUUGCUUCAUUGAUGUUUUAUGAUCUUCCUAGGGAUGCUUGACUGCCAUUCUUAAGUAUAGUAAAUCCUCAGAUUUAGCUGUUAUAAACGUUAACCAGUCACCACAUAGUUUAUAAACAGUCACUCACAGUUAUCAAGUAGGUCAAUUGUGUGUCAUGCUGACUUGCAUGUGAUUUGUGUUGCCUGGACACCAUCGCGGUGAUUUAAUCAAGUGCAAUAUGAAAGAUAAGUUAGUGUAUCAGUGUAAGCCACGGGGUUGUACAUUAAAUCUAUGAUUACAUAGUCACAUGUCUUUACAUUGUCCAUUCCUCUCCUAUUUCCUUGCCUUCAUCUUAAAUGUUUCUUCACAUUCUUAUUUAUGCAUCUGUCUCCAUAUUAUAUUAAUAUGUGCAUGGAAGAGCUCUUGUGGGAUGUUUGUCUUUGUGUCUCUUUUGUAUGUUAUGGUGUCUUCUAGUGUAUGGUAUCUGUGUUCCAAUUCAUGCCAAAGGUGUUGAAUGGGGUUCAGAUCUGGGCUUUGAGCAAGCACACAAUUCUCUAAAUUCAUGUAAUUUUAUGUAAUUGCAUUAAGAUUUGUCUUCGCUGGAGUUAUUGCAAAAACCAAACCUGUUAAUUAGAAGGGGAUAUUAACUAAGAUGUGUGUAGUGACUGGGGUAGAAGAGCUACACACACACACAAAGGAAAAAUCAUAAACGUAAUAAUCCAUAACAUACAAAAUAAAUGUUCCACAUAGUAUCCAUAAACAACUCUAUAACUAAAACUUUUUACCCAAUGGUGGUUCCAACAGUGUUAUGAGAGCUCUGUGAUGAAUAAACCAAAGCGUGCAUAGAACAUCAGUGCUGCAGUGUUAGACUGAAUUUUCCAAUUGUGUGUUUUGGAAACCCAAAAGACACCUGCCAGCUUCCAGUGAGCACAGUUUUCCCAACAAUACAGGCAGUCAACAUCUCACCACCCCCUCCAACAUGGAAAGUAAAAGAGCAACUUCUGCAGGGCAAUAUAUUGCCCAAAGAAAAAAUAAAUGGCUCAACUCCUUCCCUGAGACAGAAAUCAUUGUGAGCUUGGACAUGUUGGCUGGUCAAGUGGCACAGAUUAGAUGGUAAUAAGUGACUGCUAUGCAGAGGUGCUGAUCGCUGCUGUCUGUCAAUUUGCACCUCAGCACACAGUAAGACCUCAUUCACUAGCCAUAGCAUGGAGACUCAAUAACUCCGUUUGCCUCCAUUCAUUUUCAUCUAUUUCUCUUCAAUUCAACUAAUCAGAUACAGUGGCCACAGAAAAUAUUUAAACUCUUUUUAACAAUUUAGUUACACUUAAAUGCCAUUGUAUGAAUGCCAUUGCAUAAGAUGAAAAAAUAUCAAACCAAGUCUCAGUUCUCCUGAAGUUCACACAGGUGUUCUAGCAAAGUAACUGCAGGUGUAGUUCAUCACAUAAACCAUGGACAUGUUCCACAGCCAGAAAGUUUAAAAUACAUGUCCUAAUACUUGUCUUCAUUUUGAACAAUAUAGCUGUUGUUUUGUAUUCUGAAGCCUAACAAACGUAUUUUUUUUUUUUUUAAAUGUGAAUAAUUUAAAAUGAAUGCCACUUGGUUUGAUAUUUUGUUAGAUAAUGUAGUUAGAACAGCACAUUUUUAACCAUGGCUGAAGUUUCCAAAUACUUCUUGAAGCCAUUGUAUUUUUUAAUUUUUUAUUUUGUUAUGUUUUCUGCACACUCACAUUAUUUGUUUAAUAAGUUUGAUGGUAUGCCAUUUGGUAAGCCAUUUUUCCCAAAGUCUAGAAAGAGACCUUGAGCAGACUAUGACUUUCGAUGCAAGCAGUGGGGGAAAGCAUGGCUCUGCAUUUAUAUAACAGAUUUAUUCUCUCAGCCUAUCUGACUGUUACAAUGAGCUCUGAACAAGGUCAUAAGCCCCUGGAGAUAAGAUUAUAAAGUAAACAGUUCUAUAGCGUUGACUCAUUCCUUCUCAGCAACUUACAAUGAAGUACAUAGCCUGGAUAACUGACCCAAAUUAGGGGGCAUCUGGGUGCUUGUCAUCCUCUCAGCUGACCUUACAAUGGGUCACUCAACAAAUUUAUUAAAUGGUUCCAGAUAUAUUCUUAUAGUUCUUUUAAUUUAAAAAUGUACAUUUCUUGCUCUUUACAGAAUGCAUCUCUUAAUAGAUCAUUCUUUUGUGAUGCUACAUGUGUUUUCUUUACUGGUGUUCUUCAUGCACAAGUUAGAUGGCCAAAAGCAUACUUGCAAUGAAUGUGUGAUUUCACUUUGAUUUAUUGAAUGAUGUGCCUGAGUGAUCAAAGUUAAUAAAUAUAACAUUCUAAUGAGUAUUUUAAACUAAGUUUGCAUUUUAAAACUACAUUUAUGGUUAUGAUUUUGGCUAUUACAUUUUAAAAUGCAGUAUAUGUAAAAAUGUGCAAUCUAGUCCAAAUGCAGUUUUGUUAUUUUUAUGUGCUCUUUUGAUGUUUU